CGAAAUGAGACUGGGCUUGUGGAGUCCGCUGCCCUUCCUAUGCUUUGCGGCUAUGCUCAAAAUGGGAUUUGCAGCUCUUUUUCGCGAGUCAACGGGUUCACGAGAUGAUCUAUCGUUCGCAGUUCAUCGAGGGCCACUGCCGCCACUACAGAGGCGUCGUGCAGCAGCAAGUCGACACCGAAUGAUGAAGAUGCAGUCCAUCGAUGAGAGCAUGUCAUUGAUCCCAUCCGCCAUCUCUGCCCACCUUGCUGUGCUGCUGGAUCAACCGCCUGAGAGUCCCUACAUGGCAUCGCCUUCGUCUAUCCCUCUCCCGUGGCAGCCGCUGUCCGUCGCCGUGUCGGCCGGCAGUGUGGCUGCUCCCGUGCUGGCAUUCAUUCUCUAUGUCAUCUUUCGAGUGGCCACCUACUUCAGCGUUCAGGUGCUCACCACCAGGGCACUGCAAAGCAUGGUCAGCUUGGAAGAGACCACCGGGAUACGGCCAUCCAUCCAUCCUUCCUCAUCUGUGUCCGUCGAUUUCUCAUCAGAUCUUGCCUCGGAGCAUUGUGGUCGAGAUGGAGACUCGCGACGCAAUCAACUUCUACUACUACCCGCGCGACGUGCUGCGGGUCACCUGCCCGGGGGUGGACAGCGGCAACAGCCUCAAGCAGAAGGCCGUCACGGAAGGCGCCCUGCAGAACAGACUGCCGAUCGAGCCGCGGCAGGAGGCCUUUGUGGACCUGAAGGUGCCUGAUGGGUCGGUGGAUUGCGUCGUGUCCACCGGGGCCAUCUCGCGUCAUGUGGGCGACCCGCUGCCUUUGUUGAUGAAGGCUGCUGAGCUCUUGAGGCCGGGGGGACAGCUGCUGCUGCUCGAGCCCAUCAGGGGCGGCGGACCGGUCAGACAGUCAGUCAGUGGCCCAAUAGAUGAAUCCUGACGGAUGGCAUCAUCUCUGUCUUUGCAGAUCGGUGGGUUACGUGGUCUGCUUGGGUUCAUUCACUCAGUGACAGCCAUCGGCAGCAACCCAGGGAGAGACCUGGAAGGUCAGCCGGCAGACACACACGUCAACACAUAUUGUUCCACUCUCUCUGCGUGCGCCAGGUCUGAUGGCGUCGGAGCCUCUGUGUGAUGUGUUUGACUACGAAGUGGUGCAGGAGGGCGGCAACAUACUCGACCCAUUCGUCGUCGCAAUCGCAAAAAGGUGCGCACACACAGAUCACACCCAUCAUGGUGCACACAUUAGUUGUUUGCGUGCGCAGGAAGGAGGCUGUCAGAAGCGAAGAGGACGCACCUGUCGGCGAGAAGGUGCCCAUCACAGCCGAGAGGCGGCAGCAACUGAAGAAGGCCAAAACACAGACAGCGGGCAAACGCGGCACUGGCAAGGGGAGAAGAAGAUGAGAAACGGGGAGAUGAGGGUGGGCAGAUUUUCCUCCGUAUGCUGUGUGCGGGUGAAACCAUAAAUGUGGAGCGAUGGAGAUUUUUCCCCGUUGUUGAGUGUAUCUGUUGAGGAUCUUUGCGUGUCAGUUGGUCUGCGCGCAUCCCAGAGACACAUCAUUAUGCGAUGAAUGGUAAAGUCCUCUUCAUUUAACAAUGGCA